CCGGCGCCCGCGGACCCGGAUGCACCAAGCGGCUGUGGCGCGUUCGAGCCUGCCGCCGUUCGGACGCCACGGAGCGCGGCCGGAGGCUCAGGAAUGUCCUGUCAGUGAGUGAUCUGUAUGUGCAUGGUGUGCGUUGGGUUGCCUGCUUGGCUUCAUGUGCUGGAACUCACCUGAGCUGUUGGGUGGUUCACUAGCUCCUUCAGCUGCUGAGUCUGUGCUCCUCUGGGCUGCACCAUAGUUUAUUCAUCAGUUUCAGGAGAACAAAUACUUUGGAUUAAAAAAGGGAGGUGAUAAUGCACCAUGGAAAUGGUCCUCAGAAUGUUCAGCAUCAGCUGCAGAGGUCCAGGUCCUUCACUGGAAGCGAGGAAGAGCAGCCGACUCACCCAAACCUACCUCCGUCCCCUGCAGCACCCUUUGCUCCAUCUGCCAGCCCAUCUGCACCCCAGUCCCCUGGGUACCAGAUUCAGCAGCUGAUGAGCAGGAGCCCUGUGGCUGGGCAGAAUGUGAACAUCACUCUGCAGAACGUUGGCCCCAUCGUGGGAGGAAACCAGCAGAUCACCCUGGCCCCUCUUCCACUGCCCAACCCUACCUCUCCAGGGUUCCAGUUCAGUACACAGCAGAGGCGGUUUGAGCAUGGCUCUCCAUCAUACAUUCAAGUUACUUCCCCUCUGUCCCAACAGGUCCAGACACAAAGUCCCACCCAGCCUAGCCCUGGGCCAGGACAGGCCCUGCAGAGCGUGCGUGCAGGUGCUCCAGCUCCUGGGCUUGGCAUUUGCAGCAAUAGUCCCACUGGAGGCUUUGUGGAUGCCAGUGUUCUUGUGAGGCAGAUCAGCUUGAGCCCAUCCAGUGGUGGGCACUUUGUGUUUCAGGAGGCACCAGGUCUUACCCAGAUGGCUCAGGGAGCACAGGUUCAGCUCCAGCAUGCAGGAGCUCCUGUCACAGUUCCAGAACGGCGACUAUCCCAGCCUCAUACACAGUCUGGUGGUACCAUUCACCAUCUGGGACCCCAGAGCCCUGCCGCUGCAGGAGGGGCUGGUCUGCAGCCUCUGGCCAGCCCAAGUCAUAUCACCACAGCAAGCUUGCCGCCUCAGAUCAGCAGUAUCAUCCAGGGCCAGUUGAUCCAGCAGCAGCAGGUGCUCCAGGGGCAACCUCUGAGCAGACCUCUGAGCUUCGAGAGGACACCUGGUAUGCUGCUCCCUGGGGUUGGGAGCACCUCAGCAUUUGGUAUGACAUCCCCGCCGCCACCCACCAGCCCUUCCAGAACUGCCAUGCCCCCAGGUCUUUCUAGUCUGCCCCUUACAUCUUCAGGGAGCUCAGGGGUGAAGAAGGCUCCCAAGAAGUUGGAGGAGAUCCCUCCAGCCUCCCAGGAGUUGGCGCAGAUGAGGAAGCAGUGCCUGGACCACCACCACAAGGAGAUGGAGGCGCUCAGGGAGGUCUUCCAAGAGUGUCUGAUUGAACUGUUCUUCCUGCAGCACCUUCAGGGCAACAUGAUGGACUUCCUAGCUUUUAAGAAGAAGCAUUAUGCCCCAUUGCAAGCAUACCUUAGGCAGAAUGAUUUGGACAUUGAAGAAGAGGAGGAGGAGGAAGAAGAAGAGGAAGAAAAAUCUGAAGUUAUCAACGAUGAGGUAAAGGUUGUGACAGGCAAGGAUGGGCAGACUGGGACUCCCGUUGCUAUAGCAACCCAGCUUCCGCCAAAUGUUUCUGCUGCUUUUUCAUCUCAGCAGCAACCAUUUCAGCAGCAAGCUCUGGCUGGGAGCCUGGUGUCAGGGCCUGGCAGUGCGAUGGAGGCUGACCCAUUCAAGAGACAGCAGGCCAUACCACCCACAGAGCAGUCUAAGAGGCCUCGACUUGAAGUGAGUCAUCCAGGGGUAGUUUUCCAGCACCCAGGGGCGAAUGCAGGAGUCCCUCUGCAGCAGUUAAUGCCAACUGUCCAAGGAGGGAUGCCUCCCACCCCUCAGGCCGUGCAGCAUACUGGGCAGAAGCAGAGCCAGCAACAGUACGACCCCUCCACUGGGCCUCCUGUGCAGAAUGCUGCCAGCUUGCACACUCCACCACCACAACUGCCUGCAAGGCUGCCCCCAGCCAGCGUUCCUGCUGCAGCCCUCUCUUCCACCCUGCAGUUUGCACAGCAAUCGCAGGUGGUAGAAGCUCAGACUCAACUCCAAAUCCCAAUGAAGACUCAACAGCCGAGUGUCCCUAUCUCUGCUCCUGCAACCAGCCAGCUCCCUGUUCCUCCUCCACAGCCUCCACAGCCAGCCCUCCAUGUUCCAAUGCCUGGGAAGGCACAGAUGCAGGCCUCUCAGCUUUCAUCUCAGACACAGACAGUGGCAUCGACCAGGCUCCCUCUGGACUCCGUCCAGCCCUGCCAGCGGUCUCUGCUUUCUUCUUCCUCAUCUCUUACACCUGUGAGUGGCUCAGGCCCAGGGCCUUCACCUGCACGGUCUUCACCAGUGAACAGACCCUCCUCAGCCACUAGCAAGGCACUGUCUCCUGCCACUUCUCGUUCUCCAGGGGCUGCAGUGACAGCCCCCCCAAAGCCUCAAAGCCCUGCUCAGAAUGCUGUCUCAUCUCAGGACAGUUCUCAGGAUAAACUGGCAGAGCAGAUAACACUGGAAAACCAGAUCCAUCAACGAAUAGCAGAUUUAAGGAAAGAAGGAUUGUGGUCCCUAAGGCGACUGCCAAAAUUGCAGGAGGCCCCACGCCCUAAAUCUCACUGGGACUACCUGCUAGAGGAGAUGCAGUGGAUGGCCACAGACUUUGCCCAAGAGCGGAGAUGGAAGUUGGCUGCUGCUAAGAAGCUUGUUAGAACUGUAGCACGUCAUCAUGAGGAAAAGAAGAUUCGUGAGGAAAAAGGGAGGAAAGAAGAGCAGAACAGAUUAAGACGUAUUGCUGCCUCAACUGCCCGAGAAAUAGAAUAUUUUUGGUCAAAUAUUGAACAGGUAGUGGAAAUAAAACUGCAAGUGGAAUUAGAAGAGAAAAGGAAAAAAGCCUUAAAUUUACAGAAAGUGUUCAGAAGAGGAAAAGAAUUGAGGCCUAAGGGAUUGAAUGUGUUACCAGAACAUUUUCUGGAUCCAGGAAUGUCUGGAAGAAAAAGAAAAGCUAGCACAUCUUUGACUGAUGAUGAAGUGGAAGAUGAAGAAGACACCAUCGAAGAGGAGGAAGCACAUGAAGGGCUUGUAGACCACCACACAGAACUCUCAAACCUGGCCAAAGAAGCUGAAUUGCCCUUAAUUGACCUAAUGAAGUUGUAUGAAGGUGCCUUUCUGCCAAGUUUUCAGUGGCCACAACCUGAACCUGAUUGUGAAGAGACAAGUGGAGAAGAGGAUAUGGAAGAGUGUCUGAGUGACCGGGAGAGCCAGAGGGCCUCGGUUCUUAUAGACUCCCUCUUCAUUAUGGAUCAGUUCAAAGCCACAGAGAGAGUGAACAUUGGAAAACCUAACACGAAGGACAUUGCAGAAGUCACAGCUGUGGCUGAAGCUGUCCUGCCUAAGGGCAGUGCCCGGGUCACAACUGCGGUGAAGUUUAAUGCUCCAUCUUUAUUGUAUGGUGCACUCCGAGAUUAUCAGAAGAUUGGCCUGGAUUGGUUGGCCAAGCUCUACAGGAAGAAUCUGAAUGGCAUAUUGGCGGAUGAGGCUGGGCUUGGUAAAACAGUGCAAAUCAUUGCUUUUUUUGCCCACCUUGCUUGUAAUGAAGGUAAUUGGGGUCCUCAUCUUGUUGUUGUGAGAAGCUGCAACAUUCUUAAGUGGGAACUUGAGUUGAAACGCUGGUGUCCUGGGCUGAAAACCCUCUCCUAUGUUGGCAGUCACAGAGAACUCAAAGCAAAGAGACAGGAAUGGGCCGAGCCCAACAGCUUCCAUGUCUGCAUCACGUCCUAUAAGCAAUUCUUCAGAGGUUACACUGCAUUCUCCAGGGUGCGCUGGAAGUGCCUUGUCAUUGAUGAGAUGCAACGUGUGAAGGGCAUGACUGAGAGGCACUGGGAAGCUGUUUUUACCCUGCACAGCCAGCAGCGCCUGCUUCUGAUUGAUGCACCACUACAUAACACUUUCCUGGAGCUCUGGACCAUGGUGCACUUUCUCAUCCCCGGGAUCUCCAGGCCUUACCUGAGCUUUCCUCUGAAAGCCUCCAGUGAAGAAAACCAAGAUUACUACCACAAAGUGGUCAUAAGGCUCCACAGGGUGACACAGCCAUUUAUUUUGAGGAGAACUAAGAGAGAUGUAGAGAAGCAGCUGACCAGAAAAUAUGAGCACGUUUUGAAGUGUCGCCUUUCUAGUCGGCAGAAGGCCUUAUAUGAGGAUGUCAUUCUGCAGCCUGGGACACAGGAAGCUCUGAAGAGUGGGCACUUUGUCAGUGUCUUGAGUGUCCUGAUGCGGCUGCAGCGCAUCUGCAACCACCCUGGAUUAGUGGAGCCCCGGCUUCCAGGAUCCUCCUAUGCAGCUGGCUCUCUGCAGUAUCGAUCUGCCUCUCUCAUUCUUAAGGCACUAGAGAGAGAGUUCUGGAAGGAAACCGAUCUUUCUAUAUUUGAUCUCAUUGGGUUAGAAAAUAAAAUCACUCGCCAUGAGGCUGAAUUGCUAUCUAAGAAGAAGGUGACUCGAAAACUCAUGGAGGAGGUGUUUGUGUCACCACCCCCAUCAACAAGACCAGCAGCAGUGAAGUUGAAGGCCAGCAGGUUGUUUCAGCCCGUGCAGUAUGGUCAGAAGCCUGAGGGUCGCACUGUGGUGUUCCCUAGCACACACACACCCCGGACAGCAACUGCCAACACUGCUGCUGCUCCACAGGGCCAGGUUCGAGGACGACCACCAAUUGCCACUUUUUCUGCCAACCCGGAUACGAAAGUGGCAGCAGCCCCGUUUCAGACCUCUCAGGCUUCCAUCGGUGCGCCUCGACACCAGCCUGCCUCGACCUCCAGCACAGCAGCAGGCCCAGCCCAUCCUGUGAAACUUCGGGCUCAGACCAAUGCCCAGGCCUCCACCCCAGGCCUGCCCCCGCCCCCGCCCCAGGCCCCCUCGCUGGCUGCGGGGCAGAGCGCGCCGCCUCAGCGGCUGGUGCUCACCUCGCAGGCCCAGGCCCGCUUGCCCAGUGGAGAAGUAGUGAAAAUAGCUCAGUUGGCAUCCAUCGCGGGACCACAGAGCCGCAUUGCCCAGCCAGAGACACCUGUGACACUACAAUUCCAGGGGAACAAAUUCACCUUGUCACAUAGUCAGCUUCGGCAGCUCACAGCAGGCCAGCCCCUACAGCUACAAGGCAGCGUCCUCCAGAUCGUGUCAGCCCCUGGGCAGCCCUACCUGAGAGCCCCCGGCCCCGUGGUGAUGCAGACCGUGUCUCAGGCGGGUGCUAUGCACAGCACCCUGGGAAGCAAGCCCCCAACUGCUGGCCCCAGCCCCGCACCCUUGACCCCACAAGUUGGUGUUCCGGGUCGAGUGGCAGUGAGUGCCAUGGCUAUAGGAGAACCCGGGCUGGCUUCUAAACCGGCCUCUCCUGCUGCAGGGCCAACUCAGGAGGAAAAGACUAGGCUUUUGAAGGAGCGGCUGGAUCAGAUGCACUUUGUCAAUGAACGACGCUGUUCCCAAACCCCAGUAUAUGGCAGAGACUUGCUGAGGAUUUGUUCCCUACCUGGCAGAGGAAAGAUACCUUGGUCAGGGUCUUUUGACAGCAGCUUUGGGAAUGGGGCUGUGUCAACAAGCUGUUACAUGUUACCCUCAAAAAGUAAAGGUGAUCUGAUAUUAACAUUGAAUCAGCGCAAAGAAUCCCUCCAGGAUAUUCUUGACAGGGUGGCCUGUGUGAUUCCUCCUGUGGUGGCUGCACCCCCUUCCUUGUGGGUGGCAAGACCACCCUCACUGUACAGUUGUGGACUCCGGGCCCUAAGGCAGAGCCUAAGGGAGCAUGCUGCUCCCUAUCUCCGGCAGCUUCAGCAGCUGACUGCACUGCGUUCGUUACAGUUCCCUGAGCUGAGACUGGUGCAGUUUGACUCAGGAAAGUUAGAAGCUUUAGCAGUCCUACUUCAGAAGCUGAAAUCUGAAGGACGUCGUGUGCUCAUUUUAUCACAGAUGGUUCUUAUGUUAGACAUUUUAGAAAUGUUCUUGAACUUCCAUUAUCUCACCUAUAUAAGAAUUGAUGAAAAUGCCAACAGUGAACAACGGCAGGAACUGAUGAGGAGUUUCAACAGAGAUAGGCGGAUUUUUUGUGCCCUUUUUUCUACCCAUAGCCGUGCCACUGGCAUAAACCUUGUUGAGGCUGACACUGUGGUCUUUUAUGACAAUGACCUAAAUCCAGUGAUGGAUGCCAAGGCUCAGGAGUGGUGUGAUCGAAUCGGAAGAUGUAAGGAUAUCCAUAUAUACAGGCUUGUAAGUGGCAAUUCUAUUGAAGAGAAAUUGUUGAAAAAUGGAACUAAAGAUUUGAUUCGAGAAGUAGCUGCUCAGGGAAAUGACUACUCAAUGGCAUUCUUAACUCAGCGAACUAUUCAGGAGCUGUUUGAGGUUUAUUCUCCCAUGGAUGAUGCUGGCUUUCCAGUGAGAGCUGAGGAGUUUGUAGUGCUUUCUCAGGAGCCUUCUGUGAGUGAAACCAUUGCACCCAAGAUUGCAAGGCCUUUCAUAGAGGCCCUCAAGAGCAUUGAGUAUCUAGAAGAGGAUGUGCAGAGGUCUUUGGAAGAGGCUGUACCUAUAUCAAGUACUGGUGUUGUGUUCUCAGACUCGGAUGGCUCUCAAUGUGAUGAGGAGCCAUCACAGCUGGAAGAGCUGGCAGAUUUUAUGGAACAGCUAACGCCAAUUGAAAAAUAUGCCUUGAAUUACCUGGAAUUGUUCCAUGCAACCAUUGGGCAAGAAAAAGAGAGAAAUAAUGAGGACAUGGUGAUGACGUCAGUGAGGGACUGGGAGUCUCGAAAUGCCCAGAGCCUGCAGCAGAGGGAGGCCCAGCUUCAGCUUGAGCAGGAGGAGGCUGAGCUUCUCACCUACACGCGGGAGGAUGCCUAUAGCAUGGAAUAUGUCUAUGAAGAUGCUGAUGGCCAGACAGAAGUCAUGCCGCUCUGGACCCCACCCACUCCUCCUCAGGAUGACAAUGACAUCUACAUUGACUCAGUUAUGUGUCUCAUGUAUGAAACCACACCCAUCCCAGAAGCUAAACUGCCACCCGUGUAUGUGAGGAAGGAGCGCAAACGACACAAAACAGACCCCUCAGCCACAGGGAGGAAGAAGAAGCAGCGGCAUGGUGAGGCAGUUGUCCCACCACGAUCCUUAUUCGAUCGGGCAACCCCAGGCAUGCUAAAGAUCCGACGUGAAGGCAAAGAGCAGAAGAAGAACCUGCUGCUGAAGCAACAGACGCCAUUCGCUAAACCUCUGCCUACCUAUGUCAAGCCCUCUGGGGAGCCUGCCCAGGACAGCCCUGAGUGGCUCAUCGGCGAGGACUGGGCUCUGCUGCAGGCUGUAAAGCAGCUACUUGAGCUGCCCUUGAACCUCACAAUUGUGUCACCUGCCCACACACCUAACUGGGACCUUGUCAGUGAUGUUGUCAACUCCUGCAGCCGAAUUUACCGUUCUUCCAAGCAGUGCCGCAACCGUUAUGAGAAUGUCAUCAUUCCCAGAGAGGAAGGGAAGCUGAUUUGUGAAGCUAAUCCAAAGAAAAAGGCACAAAAUAUUUAUAAGAGUAAGAACAACCGUCCACUCCGCACAAGCCAGAUCUAUGCACAGGAUGAGAAUGCUACACACACCCAGCUGUAUACGAACCACUUUGACCUCAUGAAGAUGACUGCUGGCAAGAGGAGCCCUCCAAUCAAACCUCUGCUUGGCAUGAAUCCCUUCCAGAAGAACCCUAAGCAUGCCUCAGUGUUGGCAGAAAGUGGAAUCAGCUAUGACAAGCCACUGCCUCCUAUUCAGGUUGCAUCUCUCCGUGCAGAGCGAAUUGCAAAAGAAAAAAAGGCUUUGGCAGAUCAGCAGAAGGCACAGCAGCCAGCUGUGACACAGCCACCCCCACAGCAACAGCAGCAGCCUCCACCACCUCCACAGCAGCCGCCGCCACCACUGCCCCAGCCCCAGGCAGCAGUCAGCCAGCCUCCAGCAGGGCCACCUGCUGUUCAGACCCAGGCCCAGACCCAGGCCCAGGCGCAGCCACAGCCUGUACAGGCCCCACCAAAGGGGCAGCCCACAAUAACAACUGUGGGCAGUGCUGCAGUGCUGGCAGGAACCAUUAAAACAUCAGUUACUGGGACAAGCAUACCAACAGGCACUGUGAGUGGAAAUGUGAUUGUUAACACCAUAGCAGGUGUGCCAGCUGCAGCCUUCCAGUCCAUUAACAAGCGUCUUGCUUCACCUGUGGCCCCUGGAGCCUUAGCUACCUCUGGAGCCUCUGCUCCUGCCCCGGUUGUCCAUACCCAGCAACGAGCAGUUGGCUCCCCUGCCACUGCAACCACUGACCUGGUGUCCAUGGCAACAACUCAAGGUGUUCGAGCAGUCACUUCUGUGACUGCCUCAGCUGUGGUUACUACCAACCUGACUCCUGUACAGACUCCAACUCGGUCUUUAGUGACCCAGGUGUCCCAAGCCACAGGGGUUCAGAUUCCUGGAAAAACCAUCACCCCUGCCCACUUCCAGCUCCUCAGGCAGCAGCAACAGCAGCAACAACAGCAGCAGCAGCAGCAGCAACAACAACAGCAACAACAGCAGCAGCAGCAGCAGCAGCAGCAACAACAACAGCAGCAGCAACAGCAGCAGACCUCCCAAGUGCAGGUUCCACAGAUCCAGGGCCAGGCUCAGUCCCCAGCCCAGAUCAAAGCUGUGGGCAAGCUGGCACCGGAACACAUCAUCAAGAUGCAGAAGCAAAAGAUGCAGCUGCCACCACAGCCUCCACCACCACAGGCCCAGCCCGGACCCCAGCCACCAGCGCAGGUGCAAGUGCAGCCCCCGCAGCCCCCACAGCAGCAGAACCCCCAGCUCACCACGGUCACGGCCCCACGACCUGGGGCUUUGCUCACGGGCACCACAGUAGCCAAUCUCCAGGUGGCUCGCCUUACUCGGGUCCCCACCUCUCAGCUGCAGGCGCAAGGACAGAUGCAAACACAGACGCCUCAGCCGGCUCAGGUAGCCUUGGCAAAGCCUCCAGUGGUGUCUGUUCCAGCAGCUGUCGUGUCCUCACCUGGGGUCACAACCCUGCCCAUGAACGUCGCAGGCAUCAGCGUGGCAAUUGGGCAGCCUCAGAAAGCAGCAGGGCAGACCGUUGUGGCCCAGCCUGUGCAUGUCCAGCAGCUGCUGAAACUCAAGCAGCAGGCUGUGCAGCAGCAGAAGGCCAUCCAGCCACAAGUUGCCCAGGGCCAGACUGCCGUCCAGCAGAAGCUAACUGCACAACAGAUUGCUGCUCAGAGCCCACAGCAGAAGGUCGCAUAUGCUGCCCAGCCAGCCCUUAAAACCCAGUUUUUGACUACACCCAUAUCGCAGGCCCAGAAACUGGCUGGGACUCAGCAAGUACAGACCCAAAUCCAGGUUGCAAAACUUCCUCAAGUUGUCCAGCAGCAAACAUCUGUGGCCAGCAUCCAGCAGGUCGCCUCUGCUUCUCAGCAGGCUUCUCCGCAGACAGUGACCCUCACACAGGCGGCAACAGCAGGGCAGCAGGUGCAGGUGAUCCCAGCGGUGACUGCCACAGCCCAGGUGGUGCAGCAGAAGCUCAUACAGCAGCAGGUGGUGACCACAGCUUCCGCCCCACUUCAGACCCCUGGCGGUCCAAGCCCAGCACAGGUCCCAGCCAGCUCCGAUAGCCCGAGCCAGCAACCCAAGCUGCAGAUGAGAGUUCCUGCCGUGAGAUUAAAGACACCCACCAAGCCUCCAUGCCAGUAGGAAGGACGGCAAGAGAGGCCUCUACAACGGGGAGCACUACGCCAUUUCUGGGUGCUGGGCUAGCACCCUAUAAGACAGACAGCACUGGGCAGCCACUGUCAGUGCAGAGUUGUGUGAAAUUCUCUUAAAGUUCAGGAAGAAUGGUCCUUUCCGUGUUUGUGGCAAGAUGAAAAAAUGACAAUGGAGAUGUUUCACCUUUCAGUUUUCCUCCAAGGCGGUGGUGCUUGUUUUGAAAGCCAUGUAGAGUUUGUUAGUACGUAGUAGUAUUUAGCAUGUCCCAGAAGCCAUUGGGCAUGUGCAGUAAAGUCAUAAAGUAGACUCUACUUGCUAAAACCUAGCCUCUGGCACUGUCUGCUGUGGUUUGAGUUUCAGAAGACUCAGCGUACUCCUCAAGGAAUCAUGACAGAAGAUCACCUCUGAGACUGCUUCUCACUCCAUAGGCACCGCACCACUGUGGAUGUCCCACCCUUAUAACACAUGGCAAGUACAUCUAACAUGCCCUAGCUUGCAUGGAAGGGACCUAUGAUUGGAUUUUCAUUCCAAAGAAUGGCCAGUGUGGCCUCUGGCCCUGCCACCGUGGAAGUGGCUUUCAUUUGAAGGAGCUUUGGGUCCCAUGCCAUCUCUGUAUAGCCACAUGUCUCCAGAGAACUUUUGUAAAUCUCCUGGCCUCAGGCUGGUGUGAGGCCCACAGUGCCACGUGUGUUGUUGGGUUGCAGAUGUCCCACAAUGUGUGGCAGUAAGAUAGCUCGGUGGGAUCUGGGAACAGGGUCACAGACCCCUUGCUGUUGCCCUGGCCUGGCUUGGUCUGGAAAGCAUCCUGUCCAUGCAUUCAGAGGGACCCCAUUGGGCCAGCACACCCUUCUUCAACUUCUGUUGCAUGGUAGCAGCACACUCGUGGUUCUGCUGGUCAGCUGGAGUGCCGCCGUGCUGCUGGGGAGAAGGUCACGUGCAUGUGCUAGGGGUGUGAUGGGCCAACAGUGGCUCUUCCCCUUGCUGUUCGCACCAGUGAAAACGGUCCACAUCCAGCAGUACAUGUGUUAGCCAUGUGUACCAUCAGUGUGGUACCAUUAAAGCUGCAUAGUUGUAUCUGCUGUUCCGAUUUCAAGUCCACACUGCAGUAUCUGCCUCUGCAGCUUGUGUAGGCCAGAACGUGGUGACAUUUUCCAAAGCCCACCUAAAACUUGCUUCUGAGUAGUUAUUGAUGUGACAUUUGGAAAAAAAAAAAAGUAUAAGCCAAGUGUUGCAAAAGCAGAAGAGACUUAACAUCUGUUAUUUGUGUCAGCCUGAGCACUAUCUGUUUGCUCUUAGCAGUCUUUAGUCUUCUCCUGGUAUGUUGUACCAAGGAGCAUGGCCUCCCCGGGACCCCUCUUCAGAUCUGGUUCCUGGUGAAAAUGUCUGCUUGUCAGCGCGAUGCUCGCCUUUCUUUGUCCCUCCCACCAUGUUAGUGGCCUUCUCUCAGAAGUCAAAGGCUGCAUCACUUCACUUCAGCACGCCCUAGAAGAAACCAUCCUCCAAAAUUCUCUGCAAACCUGCAAGAGCAGGUUGGGACUUGGCCCAGAGUAGACUUGGGGCUCAGAGUAUUUGUGGGCUGGCCUGUCCAUCCUCCUCCCUGUGCAUUUCUCUCUGAAGUGUGCCUGCAGCAGGUCCUAAUACACCAUAUGAACAGACUUGCUCUUACUAUGUCACUUAACUUGGUGCCAUCAGCAGCUCCCACCAACCUGAGCAAGCCUGUUCCUUCUGAGCUCCUUUCCUACCCUCCCCCACUAAAAGGUUAGACUUGCCAAGAAGGAACUUUGAGUUCAAGAGGGAGCAUCAUAUAGUCUUCUGACAGGUUCAUACUUAAAGUAUACAUGAGGUUUUCAGAGCAGAACAUAGAGGCAGAGGCUAGAACUGCAAACAGGACCCAACUAGUCUUAAAGCAAGAGGAAGGCUAGACUGUUUUAAAAGCUCCCCAGGGGUGAGGCAAGUGUGGGACAAAAAGAUGCCAGACAGGCAAGGGCUUCCUCUGUGCAGUUGUUAUUUUUGUUCACUUUGUAACCCGCUAGCUGUUGUGUUUCAGAAUAGAAGGAACAAGUCUGAAUUGUAAAUACUUUGUAAACACAAGCAUUUGUACCUUAAGAGUAGGAUUUUAAAGGAUACUGAUGUCCUACCAAACAAAAGGCAUAAUAAAAUGCCCCCUUUUUAUA